UCCUCCUAACUUUACCUCAGACCUGAUUCCUGCCGCUCCGAGGCUCCGACACGCCGGAAUGCUGCUGCUGCCGCCGCCGCCCAGACCCGCAGCCGGAGCGCGUCGGUAACCGGGGAGUCGGUCAUUACCCUCUGUAACGUUUUAUUUUCAGUUGUGUCAAAGUGACGCGGUUUCGCCCGGUUCGGCUCGUGACAGAAACUUUAAGGCUCCCGGAUCGGGAAGAGGAAACUCCUUCAGGCUAGCUAAGGCUGCUAACUCUGGUUAGCCUCCGCGCGCGAGCUCUCCGUCCUGAGGAGACUGAGGGCACUGCGGUGAACGAGGAGGAGGCGUGGCCGGUUGUGUGUGUAUGUGUAAGGAGUCAGUGUUUGCCCACUGAGGAGCCGUAGGAGAGACACGAGCCUGCAGGACUGGAACAGAAUGGGAGCUGCUCCUGCUCCAGCUGAUGUUUUUUUAGAAGAAGAGAUUCCUCCCACAUUGUUGGGAUGAGAUCAUCGGAUCUGGCGUCUCGCUCCUACUGCACUUACAGCUGAAUUCCCAAACAGCUCGUCACGGAAUUCCCGGGAUAUGGACACACCAGCUCUACGUAAAUCACUGCAGAUCUGCUUUUUAUCAUCGUCAGAAAAGAGAUAAGUGUACUGUAGGAUCACGUGGUUCUCUUUAAUCUGGAAUAAACUUUUGUGGGAAAACUUUUUAAUGCUCUGAUUAAAACUCAGACUUGUAACGGAGUAAAAGCCGGAAAUUCAUUUAACUCGGAGACGUUUGUGGUUCAGCAGGAUGGCGGGAAAGGACUACAAUCAUCUCUUCAAGCUGCUCAUCAUCGGAGACUCCAAUGUUGGAAAAAGCAGCUUGCUACUGAGAUUUGCAGACAACUCCUUCUCUGGGAGCUACAUCACCACUAUAGGUGUGGACUUUAAGAUCCGGACGGUGGAGAUCGAUGGAGAGAGAGUGAAGCUCCAGAUCUGGGACACGGCCGGACAGGAGAGGUUCAGGACCAUCACCUCAACGUAUUACAGGAACACACACGGGGUGAUUAUUGUGUACGAUGUGACGAAUCCGGAGUCGUUUGUGAACGUGAAGCGGUGGCUGAACGAGAUCUCUCAGAACUGCGAUAACGUGUGUAAAAUAUUAGUUGGGAAUAAGAACGAUGAUCCGUGUAAGAAGCAGGUGGACUCACAGGACGCUCUGAAGUUUGGAGAGACUGUAGGGGUUCGAGUGUUCGAGACCAGCGCAAAGGAGAACAUCAACGUAGAAGAGAUGUUCAUGGAGUUCACCCACAUGGUCCUGAGGGCGAAGAAGCAGAGUCAGAACCGCGCGGAGAGAGAGCGGGAGCGAGAGAAGGACACGGUGCACAUCAACGCUCAGCGCGACCGCGACAGGAGAAAGAGAGGAAAGAAAUGCUGCUGAGUACGGAGAGGGAGGGAGAGAGAGGGAGGGAGAGAGAGAGAGAGAGGUGAAGCCUGAGGAACUGCGCCUGCGGCCCUCGCACUCGCGCUUCACAUCGUGUUUAUGCGUGACUUUGCACUGACGAGAGAAACUGGAACUGGAACUGGAAGCCACUAUAAAGUACCCAAAAGGUGUUUUUUUUUUUUUUUUUUGUUUAGGUUUUUUUUGUUGUUUUUUUUUUUUUUUUUUACAGAAACAUCUCAGUAUAAUUUUAUGACUAAAAGAGCGCCAUGCAGAGGUAUUACACUGUUAUUACAAAUCUAAUCAACGAGCCAUUAACAGAGCUGAUGUGACUCGUCAAUGUGUCUGUGUUUAAAAAAAACAAACAAAUUAAAUCUAUUGAUGAGUCGAGUCGUGCGUCUGAAUUAAUCAUUAGCAAUAAAAUACUGCUUUUAAAAUGCACUAU